GCUUAGUUCGAUAUAGUGUAUGUCUAAAGAAAAGGAUGAUGAUUGGUCUGAAGUCUCGCCUGUGUACCUGAUAGACCGAAUGAAGGCUAGAGUUGGGUCACCGGAGAGUCUUAGUAAACCUGGACUACUUAGUAAACCUAUCAGUAUCAACCCUGCUGAGAAAAAGAUAGAACAGAUAGCAGAAUCAUGCGCAUUCAAGGGUGGCAUGGCAACCGUGAUCGGAGGUGCAAUGGGGGUAUUUUUCGGACUUUUCACGGCAGCUAUAGACCCCAAUAUGACAUCUAUAUCGGACAAGCCUCAAACAGCGAGGGAUGUUUACAAAGAAAUGUUGUCCCGCAGUAAAUCGUACGGCAAAAGUUUUGCAUUCCUUGGACUAGCACUGUCUGGUUCCGAGUGUGUGAUAGAGUCGUACCGUGCACGGAGUGAUCUGAAGAACAGUUUGUAUAGUGGCUGUUUGGUGGGCGGGGGGAUGGGCCUGAGAGCUGGUGUCGUGCCAGGUUGUUUGGGUUGUGCUGGCUUUGCUGCCUUCUCUGCUGCUAUUGACUUUUACAUGAAGAGCUAGCAAGGUGCUGUUAUAAAGUUUGUACAGUAAAGUUACCACGUGACUCGAAACCCAUUUUAACGGCGGAGUAAUUGCUAUAUGUGGGAUUACGGAUAUAGACGGUCUUAAGCAUGCGUUAAGAGUUGGACGUGGUCCAAUUGAUGCUUGCCGGCCAUUACUAGUGAUCAGUAUGCAUAGUUUAAAUUUAAUGCUUGACUAUGACUCCUUCCAUUCGUUUCAUAUCGAGCUUAAAAUGUUGGCCGGGUUUUUAAUUUAAUGAGAGGCGAGAGCAAUUUACAGAUCAUACUUCUCGGUUCAGUUUUAUAGAUAUGCUUUAUAUUUUUCUCGUAUUUAUUCAUUGAUAUUAAUUUAUUGAAUACUGAAUAUUAUUAUUUUAGUUCAAGUCGUAUUUUAUUAAUGGUUGAACAUGAAUAGUUGCUGUAUAAGAAAUUAGAAAAGUUUGCUAAACCUAGGUAUCAAUUUUAGAAAUGUGGUAUGAACUGUUUUUAUCUUAUACCGUUCCGUUUUAUCCGUUUUAUCCGAUAUCAUAUUUCUAAUAUUCAGAAACUUUCAUAACCCGUGAUAGCGACAUCAACGCCAGAUUUCAUAUCUCAACAAUUUCAAAUUUUUAUUGCAUUGCUCAAGAUACUACUUAUGCACAGAUGUUCCCUUUUGUUCUCUAAUCUUGUUCACAUGAUGACUGACAUUUUUAUCUCCCGAGAGUUGCGUAACUUGACACGGCUGACCGACUGGGGCUUCAAAUGCGAAAACACGCCAGGCCUUUAAAAUGCUAAAGCACGUCAGGCCCUAGAAAUGGUGCAUAGAAAACCAUGAACUCAAGAAUAUUUCCCUUACAAACUAUUUCGUAACCCACAUGAUGUUACUUUCUUAUUGGAUGACAUUUACAAAUCAGCUUUAAGCUCGCGGCAAUUGACAGAGGACAUGUUGGGCCUCUUUUAUCGUCCCUGUGCAGAUUUCUAGUCACAAGUCUUAAACACGAUUUUUAGUGGUGUCAGCUAACUUCGCAAAAUGCAGCCAACGGUUGUGAUUCUUUUGGAACACGGGACGCUUAUUUUGCUGAGAAAAGAUUCUUAUUUAAUGUCGUUAUCACUACCGAAAUUCACGCCGGCACAUAGCGCGCGCAUGUAGAUUUUACUAACCCCUCUCACUUUUACAGAUUAGCAUGCGAUAUUGAUUUUGGAUGGACGAACUGUUUUCAUUAGAGGUUUUUGUGAGGAAGAUCUACAGUAUCGAUGUAACCUGUCAUCUCCCUUCGAUUUCAUUCCGAUUGUUGGACUUUCCUUCGCAGACUAUCCACAUCACUGAUAGCGAACGAAUUGCUAAAAUUCAAGGCAAAAUCAGCGAAAACCCUGAAUAUGUCAAAGAUUUGGGUAAAUUGAAGAACUCUAAAGGGGACGUAAUCUUUAACAAAGGGAAAUCAUGCUUGUUCCCACUAUCCUUCGAGUCAGCACAAUCCCAAUUAACAGAGAUCCCUUUAUACGUUGUCUUAACAGAGAACAUAGUAAAAUCUCCCAAGUUCCUUGGCUCUAUAGGAAUUUCAUUGGUCAAAAUCAUGGACAAAUUAAAGGAGGAAAUCACUCGGGAUCCACAGACUAUUUGUAACGAGUCACUUCGGGGUAGCUUCCCAAUUAAAAACUUGAUGGGUACAAGAAUAGCUAAACUUGCUGUAGAAGUGAAACUAUACUACUAUGGCUCUAAUCUUGUGAACCAUAUUCCAGCUUUAAACAAUGUAGCUGAAAAGAAGCACGAUGCAUCUUUAGGUUCUUCAGAUCACUUGGCAUCAAACGAAGCCAUAACCUCAGUAAUGGCGGAGCUUACAGACUGUGUGGGGUCAGAUCUUAUCAAUAAAACUUCAGACUUGUUCAGUCCAGAAGAGUCAGAUUCUGAUAAGGAGAAGGACGAAUCUGAAACUAACCUAAAUCCUCCACCGCUGUUUUACCAAGCCGUGCCGCCUCAAAAAGUCAACGAAAAUGAUUUGCAAAGAAAGAAAGUACAAAUCAGCAAACCAAAGGAUGAUUCCCCGAAACGUCUUCGGUCAAAAUCCGGCGACAGUGACGUCGGUAGUGCUACCCGUCUUGAAAAACUGAUAAAAUUCAGUAAAACAGGACAGCUUUCUCCUGACUCAGAGGUAAACGAAAUGAUUGAAGGAGGGUAUGAUCCGAAACGGUUUGAUCUGAUUCGAGCCGUCCUUACUGAGCUAACAUACCUAACAGAUUUCCUGGAUCCGAACCUUGUCAACAAUAUAGACCCGGCAGAAAAUGAGACUCCUAGACAAAACGAAAACAAAACUCCCCAGAAACCGCACCCGCCACGCCACCCGAGACCCUUAUCCGUAAAAACACCAAAGUCCAAAGCUAGAUACGGUCUCACGAACAGUUACAUCCUCAGACUAAGUAAACUUGGUCCUGAUAAAGCAUUAGAUGUCCUAUCUAAACACAUGGGUAAACAGUCAGCUUCCAACUUUGUUGAUAAUAGAUUUAAUGACCGCCCUAGCCCAGUGAGGAAACACCCCAUAGACAGACCUGCACUAAAAUUACAAACAAAACCCAUCUUAAUAAACUCAGAGUGUCAAACAGAUAAAAACGAAGCACCUCUUCCUGUACCUAAAGUUGCUUGGCAAGAUCAAUCACCAAUUGCAAGUCAACAGAGAAUAUGCGUUCAUACCGGAGAAGCUUUGGCAGACGGAUUCUCCCAGACUCUUGCAGGGACAGCCCCCUUCUCCGUGCCCCAAGAUGGACUAACAUAUUCCACUCCAUUUCAGAGUACUGGUAGUGCUACCAUGGCUCAAGUUCUAGCAGCCAUGCAAGCUCUAGGCCAGAACACUAUGUCUCAAGAAAGAGAGCCUCACUCAAGAAUCUCCAGACACAGUUCACUCCGCAGAGCUAACUCCAACUUGGACUACUCAGAUAACUUCGAGGAGCCGUCUUGUAUCAGCCUGACUCGGAGUGCUGGAUCUCCUCGCAGUAGGCCAAUUAGUCGAGCUGCAAAUUCCCGUCUGUCAUCGCGGUCUCCAGUUAAAACAGUACCGGAAGAUGAGUUUUCAGAGGAAGAUUCCUCAGAAGGAGAGGUUUUUAGAAGAAAACCAGCUUUUUUCAAAAAGUCUUCUUCUUCCCGGAACAUGCGCUAUCAAAGAAGAAGCAGCUCAAUCAAGACGUCUUCUCUCCUCGAACAAGAUGAUUCUUCUUCUACUACCUCUACUGCAGCAAGUAACAGUAUUCUUUUCCGCAGGUCCAAAUCUUCUAAAUCAACAUCCAAAAAGUCCCAAACCUCCCUUGUUUCUCCUUCCACAUCCCAACUCACCAGACGGUCACACAGCUCAAACUCCAACGUGUCAACUAGCAAAGCCUGCCAAACCCCAGCCCCACCACGUAGCCUCAGCACUCAGACAGACGCGGUCAGUGACAGCGAGUGCUCGGUUCAAACCGUGCUGCCAUCACCCACACGUGACAUGCACAGUGAUCACGUGAUCUCUUCUCACAGUAGUCUGGAGUCUGGGAGUAUUUAUAUUGGGAGUGACACUGAGAUAGAGGAAGAGGAGGACCCUUUAAAGUUGAGUUAUCUGCUCAGCACGGAGUCAGUACAGUUCUCUGAUGAGGACCAGCCCACUAGUUUGCUGAAACUCUGUAGUCCAAGUGAGGCUCGGGCUGUUAACAGGUUCAUGUACACUUUCUAGCCA